ACCAUCUCUCCUGCGGGAGCAGGUGGCUGGCCGACUUCUCAGUGGCUCUGCGUCUUUGGAGGAGGCCCCUCGGAGACCCUGCGUGGGCUGCUCGGAGCCAGGAGCCCAUCCCUUGGUGACGGCACACGUCCCCCCGUCUGCCCCUCACUGCACCGUAGGAGGGGGGCAUCGGACCCCCGACCACACAGACUGGAGAGAUGUGGCCACCCAAGGCUACACCCGGAUGUCAGAGACUCUGCGGUCAGCUUGUACCCACCGCUGGACAGUGGACAAUGGGAGGGACAGCAGGUCCCAGCGUCUGGGCAGGGCACGGCAGAGGGUGUGGUCUGGGCUGCACCCCAGCUGGCAGGACCGGCCUGGCAGGGUGGGCGGUGGCAAGGAGGAGUGUUCUGGGUCCAGGGAAGGGUCAGCACGUCCCAGGAGCAACAGUAUCUUGGACCGACCCAGGCUGCUGUGAGGAGCAACGGAGCUCUGGAGGCCCCACGGUGGGGGCUGGACCCCCAGCCACCAUCCCCAGGCCUGCCGCCCUGCAACAGAGCUGCCAGAGGGGCCCGACCAGACGACUGAGGGAGCCACCAGAGAGAUGACUAAUGCCUCAGGGCUCCUGGGAACAGCCCGCGGCCCCCUGGUGUCAGCAACCUGGCCACAGCCUGGCCCCCCGCCCACCAUGCCCACCGUGCCCUCUGCGUCCUCCGUGCCCGCCGAGCCGCAGACGCACCCCGUGGGGAACAGCUCCCAGGGCACCUCCCGGCUCUUCCUCACCACCGCAUUGGCCCGCGGCGUCUCGGGGGUCUUUGUGUGGACUGCCCUGGUGCUCACCUGCCACCAGAUCUACCUGCACCUGCGCUCCUACACGGUCCCCAACGAGCAGCGCUACAUCAUCCGUCUGCUCUUCAUCGUGCCCAUCUACGCCUUCGACUCCUGGCUCAGCCUCCUCCUCCUGGGGGGCCACCAGCACUACGUCUACUUCGACUCGGUGCGUGACUGCUACGAAGCCUUUGUCAUUUACAGCUUCCUGAGCCUGUGUUUCCAGUACCUGGGGGGCGAGAGUGCCAUCAUGGCUGAGAUUCGGGGAAAGCCCAUCCGGUCCAGCUGCCUCUACGGCACCUGCUGCCUGCAGGGCAUGUCCUACUCCAUCGGCUUCCUGCGCUUCUGCAAGCAGGCCACACUGCAGUUCUGCAUCGUGAAGCCCAUCAUGGCCUUGGUCACCAUCGUCCUGCAGGCGUUCGGCAAAUACCACGACGGGGACUUCAACAUCCACAGCGGCUACCUCUACAUCACCCUCAUCUACAACAUCUCUGUCAGCCUGGCCCUCUACGCCCUGUUCCUUUUCUACUUCGCCACCAGGGAGCUCCUGCAGCCCUUCGAGCCCAUCCUCAAGUUCUUCACCAUCAAGGCCGUCAUCUUCCUCUCUUUCUGGCAGGGGAUGCUGCUGGCCAUCCUGGAGAAGUGUGGGGUCAUCCCUGAGGUCCAGGUCAUCGAUGGGAGCAAGGUGGGGGCCGGCACGGUGGCCGCUGGCUACCAAAACUUCAUCAUCUGCAUCGAGAUGCUGUUUGCCUCCAUUGCCCUGCGCUAUGCUUUCACCGACCAGGUGUAUGCAGAGAAGAAGAACUCACCAGCCCCCGAGGCACCCAUGCACAGUAUCUCCAGUGGGCUCAAGGAGACCAUAAGCCCACAGGACAUCGUGCAGGACGCGGUCCACAACUUCUCACCGGCCUACCAGCAGUACACCCAGCAGGCCACACACGAGGCCCCGAGCCCCGGCCCCCACCCCCGUGUGGCAGGAGGCCCCGGUGGGGUCAGGAAGAGUCGGAACGUGGAAAAACGGAUGCUGAUCCCCUUGGAGGAGCUGUAGGAGAGCCACGGGUCACCAGCCACCUGGCUGAGACCAGGCUGCCCGGGCCUCUGGGCAAGCACAGGGCCCCUCACCCACAGUGAAGCCCCUUCUGGGAGCCCUCCUGCCAGGCCUGUGGGGCCACCUCCCAGCCUGCCUCCCACCGGCGGGCUCGUGGCCCUGGGAGGGGACGUCUGAGCUUAUCUGAGGAGCCUGGGACCCACUGGGCUCCCCUGGCCAUCUGCUCAGGGGGCUGCUGUGAGGCGGGCACCAGCAGGGCCUUGCUGGAUGGACAGUUUCCAGGCUGGGCCCCUGCAGGGAAGGACGGCCUCAGGAGAGCGAGACAGCCCGCCCUGAGAACACGGGAGCUGCGCAGGCGCGGACAGGCGGUCAUGGUGGGGGACUCAGCUGGGCCUUGCCAAGCCCCUGCGCACCCCUCCAGCCGUGGAGAUUCCUGAAAAGCCCCCGCCCCAAUGUGCCUGACAAGGGUCCGGGAGGUGCCCGGGGCCACCUGCACAGAACCUUCACCUUGAGCAGCCCGCAGAGGACAUGGGGCUUACGGACGAAUCACACUUAUUUAUAUAUAAACACCUGGGUUUUCUAGUGA